AUGACAGACCGUUCCGGUGCGACUUCUCAGGGCUUCGCAUUCCAAACCUCUGAUCAAGCAGGAGCUUCGCAACACUUACAGCAGUCGUAUGGCCACUACGAUGCUGAGCGCGAUACCAGUGCGCCCGGCGCAUCAAAGAAUCAGGCGCAAACCCAAGACCCGUCUCUUCAAUACCCUGACUUCGGCGCGCACCCGCAGCACGUAGCUCCAGGACCAUUCGGCAGCUUUGGCUUUGGUCCUUCAGCGCCGCUGGGCUGGGACUGGACCAAUUCAGUUGACUUCUCUGAGUUCACAAAUCAAUACGAGCCGCAAGGCGAGCUUGCUCAAGAGCUGCAGAACCAGAUUGCAUCUUCGAACGACUUCAGCAUACCACUCCCCAUCAUUGCACCAGAGCCAAACUACCAACAAAUACAGCAAACUCAGAGCGCGAAUGCGGAGCCGAUUGGCGCACACAACCCACUAUCACCACCUCCCCGACCGCCGCAACAGAGGCCUAUCAUCCAGACGGGCAUGAAGAGGAAGGCCGACUCGGAGCCUGGUUCAGCCGUCUCACAGAACGCCAGUAUCGCUACAGAGAAUCCCACGAAGCGCCAGAACAAGUCACGACAAUCGUCAGAUGCGUCGCUCACCUCACCCGUGAUCACCCAGGCUAACACCCGUCCACCCUCUACGACUCCCACCGCUGCUGCAACGGCGGCCACCGAACCCGCUUCGCAAGCAGCAUCACAAGGGAACACUGAGGCUGCGCGACGGAAAGAGCAGCAGAGCAAGGGCACUGGGCCGCAGGGCAGAGUCAUUGAUGUCUCUAAGCCGAGAAAGGUGGCGGAGACACCUGGUGGGCCAGGCAUGCUGCCUGCGGGCAAAGUGUUCCCCAUACAGAUUGGCUCAGAGCUGUUCAGGCUGUCUGGAGCCUCGAUAUCGUCUGAUGCACCCUCAUACUUCUCGCAUUUCUUCAUCGAUCAACUACAUAACAAUGGUGGCCGAGCUGGUGACGUGAGAACACUGUAUAUCGACCGAGAUCCAGACACCUUCCGCGACAUUGCGCUACAUCUCCAGGGCUACCACGUUAUCCCAAAGGAUGGCGCGCAUUUUGUGAAGCUAUUUGCAGAUGCGCAGUUCUACUCAUUACCUCGUUUCACCAAACAGUUGUUUAACACUGACAUCUUCAUCCGAAUUGGCGGAACGCCCUUCCAGAUUCCGCGAGAUCUGUUUUCCGCUCCUGGCGAUAGCCCAAAUUACUUCUCCUUGGGUUUCGCGCAGUUCUUCUCAACGCCAGCGGAGGUGUUUCCUGGGUUAGAUCGUAGUGCUUUGCUUCGACCUCCAUCCAUCUUGCCUCCAUCAGUGCCGAAUAAGAACGGCGAAACAUUCGCUGAGCUGAUCCAGAUACUCCAAGGCUACAACGUCGAAAUUCGAAACGACGACCAUCGCUCCCGGCUACUCAAAGACGCUCGAUACUUUCAUCUCAAAGGGCUUGAGCAGCGUUUAAUACCUUGCGAGAUCUCGUAUAACCUCAAACGCCAGCAGUCCGAGAUUCUGCUUCGCCUAGAAGACAUCCGACAAUCUGGAAUAUCGUUUAGUCCGGACAAACCAUCGAGCGAUUCAGAGUCUGGGACAGUGUCUGGCGCACAAUCCAUGGGCGUAUCCCCUGGCCCGUUACCCAGCAGCAAAACCGCGAGUCCCGCUCGCUCCCUGUCAAGCAGUAGUAGCGCUUCAAAGGCAGGCUAUGUAUCGUACGCCCGUCCCUACACAGACGACCACGCGCGUACCAAUAUCCUCAUUCUCGAGGUUUCCACGAGCGAGUCGACAACAUUAUAUCUUCCCUUGUCCGCACCGAAAGCUAUGUCGCCUGGAUCACUCGAGGUCAAUCUGCGGUCAACGUUUCAUAACUCGACGCUCGCCCGCAUAACAUCGUUCUUCUCCGUUAUAGCAUCUAAAAUGGGUCUUCCAGCUACUCAACCGCUUGGCCUCAUGUAUCUGCAAUCGGGCGGUGGAGUUGCCGCGCAGCCGGUCAGCCCUGCUAAUUCGGGUGUUAGCGAGCGACGCGUCCGCGUACGACUCGAUGGCGACUGCUCCUUGGAAAUCAAUGGCUCGCCUGCUGAAGUCGCCAUCGACACCGAGUCCGGACGAGUGGGAAUCAGAAGGUCAAGGGACGUUUACCGCUCCACACAGCAACAUUCUCCUUCGCAGAUAGAGAGCGAGUGGUUCUGGGGUGGUAACAGGGUUGAUCCUGGCCAGUCGCUCAGCUUGGGAGCGGAUGAUGAAGAACCGGAAAUGGAAUGGACGGUCAAGAGGGCGCAUUGGCGUAUCCGCGUUGAGCCAGUGGAGAGUGAUGGCGAGGCCAGAAGGAUGCAAGUCGUGCUUUGUGGUGUCAAGAUUGAAGCGUUUACCAUUGAGCGGACGCGGAAUCUGGAAAGAGGAUUCUUGGGGAGCGGCUGA